AGAAUCAUUUAUGUUAAAACCACGGGAACUUCGUUUCAUACUUCAAGUUGAGGUGUAAUUAUGCAAUUUCCUAUAAGAGAACAAAAACUAGAGAAAAAGGAAUUUAAUAGACACCUAGUUAAGAUAAGAAACACCGAUUUUAAAAUUACAACUUUAAUUCAAUGUUUUGAAUUAAAAUCGUAGAGAGAAGAGAGUGAUGCUUGAGUUAUCAUCGUAUACAAAACUUUCUCAAUCAGAAACAGUUAAUAAAACAGAGAGCGAAAACGAAUCUGAUAGUCUUGAGAUUUCUGAAAAGUCCACGUCUUCAUCCGAAGACCCGAUAGAUUUAGUUCUGCUUGAGAUCGGAAGAAAGAAAAAAAAAAUUAAAAGAAAAUAUAAACGACACCAAAUGGACAGAGUUCGUAGUUUCGGUGGAAGUGAAUCGUAUGAGGUACUCAUAGGAUCAGCAAAACGACGAAAACAGUUUUUGAUACUUGGGGGCUUAUGUUUUGUAGCAAUUUUAGUGAUCCUUGCUAUAGUUCUGUCAGUUGUAUUAAUUAGCAAAGAUGACAAGGAAAACAAUCAUCAAGAUCUGGAAUUAUCAGACAUUUUAUCGGGAAGUCUUCAACCUAGAAGAUUUAAUGGAACAUGGAUUGAUGACAAUACUUUUCACUAUUUUGACACACAUGGAAAUUUUAUGGUAUACGAUGUGGCACAGAAGAAAUCUGAAAUUUUUAUGAACAAAAGUUCAGAUAAAUUUUUUGAAGCGAUUUCGUAUGAAUUCUCGGCUGACAGAAAAUACAUUUUGACUGCAACUGACUACGAAAAACUUUUUCGCCAUUCCUUUUUUUCAUAUUGGUAUGUUUAUGAUGUUGAAAGAAAAGAAAAUAUUCCAGUCACAAUCGAAGGAAAACAAUUGAAGUAUCGAUUAGUUAAAUUCAGUCCUAUCGAUAGUUCUAUGAUUAUUGUUUACAACAAUAACAUUUACUAUAAACGUUCUCCAUUACUACCUGAAAUUCAAAUAACAACUGAUGGAACUUAUGAUAAUUUAAAAUACAUUUCAAAUGGUGUUCCCGAUUGGGUUAACGAGGAAGAAGUUUUUUCAUCGAAUUCUGCAAUUUGGUUCUCGCCGGAUGGAAACAAAAUAAGCUACAUUCGAUUUGACGACACUGGAGUACCAUUGAUGUCUCUUCCAAUCUAUGGACCUGUUGGUUCUUCUCUUUAUCAGUAUCCACAAACGCUUUCAGUUAAUUAUCCAAAAGUAGGAACAAAAAAUCCUCUUGUGAGUCUUUUUUAUGUGGACCUCAGUUCUGUCACUGAUGCAAAUUCGAUUGUUCGGCAUGAAGUUCAAAUUCCCGAGAGAUUCAAGAACACUCAACAAGACCAUUUAAUAACAUCAGUUUCAUGGGCAUCAAAUAAUGAUUUAAUAGCAGUAUUUAUGAAUCGCGUACAAAAUAAAGGAGAGAUUCAAAAAUGUUCAACUGAAGGAACCCCAAUCUGUACCGAAAUGCUAAUUUUAGAUGUUGAUGGUGGAUGGAUCGAUUUUUUCAGCAGUCCUUUAUACAACAAAGACGGAAAUUCGUUGAUAUUUAUUGGAUCUUAUGAAGGCUAUCGUCAUGUUAUGUCUUUAGACUUAAUCACUUCCGUUCUUUAUCCACGAACCAAAGGGAAAUUUGUUGUCACUGAUAUUUUGAGUUUCAACAAAGAGCAUAACGUCAUUAUUUUCACAGCGAACACAGAAGAAGAUGUCAAAGCUCAACAUAUUUAUGCAGUGAAAAACCUAGAAAAUUCAACAGUAAAUUGUCUGACAUGUACACCACCAUCUCAAUACUCUUACUUUACAGCUGAAGUUUCAGAAGGUGGAAAUCAUUUAGCCAUAAUUGCAAAUGGCCCAGAAGUCCCACAGGUUCACAUGUAUUCACUUGAUGUGAGUGAAUCCAUCAGUUUGAAAAAUCACAUUGAAUUUCAAGCCAAUAAUAAUCUCGUUGAAAUCUUGAAAAAUCUUACAAUGCCAAGAAUUAUUUAUGACAAAAUUGUUUUGCCAAAUGGUUCGGAAUCGCAAGUCAUGAUGUUUCUCCCAUAUGACUUAGAUAGCAAUAAAAAGUAUCCACUAAUAAUUGAAGUCUAUGGUGGACCUGAUUCUUCUAGUGUCACAAACAGGUGGUCGAUAGAAUGGGGAACCUAUCUGGUUUCAGCUCGUGAUGUUAUAUAUGCUAAAAUCGAUGGCCGUGGGGCUGGAUUACGAGGAGAUAAAAAUCUAUUUGAGUUAUAUAGAAAUCUUGGGACUGUUGAAAUUGAAGAUCAAAUUGAAACAACUAAACUUUUGAAAGAGAAGUAUUCUUAUCUCGAUGAAGUGAAAACUGCCAUUUGGGGUUGGUCUUAUGGUGGAUACGUUUCUGGAAUGAGUUUAAUGACUGAUACAAGAAAUGUUUUCAAAUGUGCAGUUUCUGUUGCACCUGUUACUGAUUGGACUCUUUACGACUCUAUCUACACUGAACGUUAUAUGGGACUGCCUGAUGAUAAUGUUGGAGCUUACGAAAAAUCCCGAAUGAUGAAUUAUAUUGAAAACAUUACAGCCUACAAUAAGACUUACAUGCUUAUUCAUGGAACUCUAGAUGACAAUGUUCAUUUUCAACAAGGAAUGUUAUUAGCUAGAGCACUUGAGCGAAAAGAUAUCCAGUUUAAAGAAAUUAGCUAUCCAGACGAAGAUCAUUCGCUUGCUGGAGUUCGUCCGCAUUUGUAUCACUCACUUGAACGAUUUUUCAUGGAUUGUUUUGAAGAAACAAACUAGUUCAUAUCAUAUUUUUUGAUAUCUAAAUAUGCUAAAUUCGCCAUGUGACUUGAUUCUUUUUUAUUCCCUUAUAAAUAAUGUUGAACCAUUCAUUAAAUUGUUGAUAUUUAUGUACAUAUAUUUGAUGUUAUUAUGUUCGCAUUAGGUUCAUCAGAAAUGAUAGAAGUACCUAGCUAGACAGAGAUUUUUAUGUCUAACAUAAAAAAGUGUGUUAAGAAAAAUGUUUGGAUGUUGUAUUUUAGUAAAUAAAUAUCAAUUUAGAAGAAUUUAUGUAGAAAGUUAUAAAAGAAAUGUGCCUAUCCCAUACCUAAUAAAGUUUAUGUUUGCGAUAAGUUUGCAAGCACUAUUUAUCUUUGAUAAACUCUAGAAUUCAUAGUGUACGAAUUGGAUUUGUUUUAAGAUGCAAAUUACAAUUUUAUUUUCUUAUUUCUUCCGUAAUACAUUAUGUUUGCAAUAAAAAGAACAAAAAUUUAACUCUUCAUAUGUAUUGAACAGUAACUGAAACUUUUGUGGAUUUAAUUUCUUAGUUUUCUUAUGAUGUGUUACAAUUUCCAUUUAAUCUCAAAUAAUCUUGCUUCACUUCCUUUUUUGUCCCAUUAUUUCGUUUCAUUUCUCAACUAAAUAGUAAAUAUUGUUUAAUUUUUUUUUGUGAAAUAAAAUAUAAAUUAAUUAUAUUGAGCUUAAUGCUUUUUCUUUAAUGUUUCAUUGACUUCAAUAUGAUUUCUAUCCAAACGAUCGAUAACUUUUCUGAUUGUUAUAUGAACAUGAAUUAUCAAAUGAUAAUUAAGAUGUAGAUAAUUAAAAAUAUAUCAAG